UAAUGUGGCAACCAGUGUCUCUCUGUCUGUGUAGUGUUUCACAUUGUGACAGAGAUUGUGUGUGAGAGAGAGAAGAAUGGAAAAAUCUAGGAAGAAAUUUAUUGAUGUGAUAGAUAAGGCAAUAGUUGUUGGUAAUACAAUGGAUCGUGAUGAACUACUUUUUUCUUACAAGGGGAUUCUCUAUCCUGUUGCUCUUUGCAGUCUUGAAGUGUUCAGAGCCAUGGAGUCCUUCGAAGCCAGAAGUGAUGAUGUCAUUUUGGCAGGAUAUCCUAAAUCUGGUACAAACUGGGUAGGUCAGAUCUUAAGCGAUCUGGUGGCCACAUUUGAAAAAAAAAGACUUGAUGAAGAAAAAAGUGUUAAUCACGAAGAGCUAGAAGAAUUUCCGUAUCUUGAAAUUGGAGAUACUGAGAAAUAUGAGCGAAUGAAGAAGUUAACUUCUCGAAGAGUUAUAUUAACUCAUCUUGCUCCUGGCAACCUUCCAAAGUCUAUCUUCAAAAAUAAAGCCAAGAUAUUGCUACUGAUUCGCAAUCCGAAAGAUGUAGCUACAUCGUUUUUCCAUUUUUCCAAUGCCUGGUCGGCUUUACCUUCCUAUGAGACCUGGGACGAUUUCUUCGUAGCUUUCAUGACAGAGAAAAUGCCCUGGGGAUCCUACUUCAAUUACCUUUCUGAAUGGAACAAAUAUGCUGCUGACGAAAAUGUUAUGACAAUAACAUAUGAAGAACUAAAAGAGAAUCGAGCCCUGGGAGUGAAAAACAUUGCCUCUUUCCUCGGGAUUUCCCUGACUGGGGAAGAGCUUCGGAGUGUGGUAGAGAGAAGCAGUUUCCAGUCCAUGAAGGAGAACUCUCUGAAGACCCAUGGGGCUCUGGGCAGCAUGCUCUUUCGCAAAGGUGGUGUAAGUGACUGGAAGAAUCUUUUCAAUGAAGAGCAGAAUGAGAAAAUGGACAAAGUAUUUGAAGAACGUAUAGCACGAACGAAGCUAGGAGCAAAGUUAAAGUAUGAAGUGUACUGCAAAGCCUGAAGAGUAAUGAAAUGUGGUUAGACCAAUAGCUUUCCACUGUGUUCUUUGAUCAUCUGAAUGAUAUACAAUAUAAAGCUAGAUGAAACAAUCAAAGCAUCUUGGAAUCAUUUUAAAAGUCACAUUGCAGGAACUUUUACAGUGACAAUAGUGAAUAGUGGCUUUUUAAAAUAAAUUUGAGAUCUUGC